AUGUCAAAAAACACCAAGGGUAAAAAGGACACGAAAACAACAGAAGUGGAUCCGCAAACCUUGUUUCAACAAUUUUCUCCCGCAUUACAUUUUGAAGAGCCUAAAGCAUCGACCAAGGACAACUGGUAUAUUGUAGCAGAACAAGUCGUGCCAGUAGCAAGAGACGCUUUUUGGGGUACCAUUAGACGUUGGACUACAGAACCACAGCUUGUCAUUCCACCCAUUGAAAAGGCGGAUAUUAAAUCAACCACUCAAAUAGACGCAGACGAUCACCUGGGAGAUUUUCAGGGACCAAUCGAGACAAUUGUGCGGGAGUUAAUUCCUAAACGCAAGUCAAAGGAUCCUGUAUUAACUGAACAAGUCGAGUAUUUUGAAAAUGACAAGGAAGGAAGAGUCAUUUAUAGACCAUUACUAGCAGAAGGUUCAACAUUACCCUUUUAUUAUCCAAAGGUCAAGGCGUAUAGUUUUGUGUACGAUUCAGGAUUAAGUGAGGAAUUCAGUGAAGAAAAAGGGACAUUAAGAUUAGAGAUCAUUCCUUGUGAAUCCUCUGAAGCAGCUGUAUCCGAUCCAAAAAUGCAAUAUGCAUUGAAAGCAAUUCUACACAAAUUGUUCAAAUGGUGUAUCCAAACAAGACUGGGAUAUACCAAAAAAGCCCAACAUGACGUCUUGGUGUCAAAAGAAACCUAUCAGUCAAUGUAUCAAUAUAUCAAAUCAAAAUAUGGUCCGGAACUAGUAGCUAAUUGGACUGAAAAAACUGACCCUAAAAAGUUUGUUUUUGAAGAUCUGGCCAUUGCCAGUUAUUUGCUUUGUUUAUGGAAACAGGAAGAGGCUAAGACAAACAGGUUUGGAAAGCAUGAGUUAGGUUGUGGAAAUGGUUUAUUGACCUUUUUAUUAGUGAGUGAAAGCUAUGAAGGUUACGGUAUUGAUAUUGCCGAUCGUAAAAUAUGGCCCGCCUUAUGUAAAGAUAAAAAGGAUAUGCUUAGAGUGGAAGCACUCUAUCCAGCACAAAUUAGCUAUCCGAAUACCGAAUGGUUAAUUGGCAACCAUGCAGACGAACUAGUACCAUGGAUUCCAAUCAUUGCUUCAAAAUCAGGAGUGGACUGCAAAUUCAUAGUAAUUCCUUGUUGUUUCUAUGGUCUCGAUGGCACAAAAUCAUUAUCACUUCCUCAAUCCGAAACAUUGGGUAAAUAUCGAGCUUAUACUAAUUACGUCAAAGAGAUCGCCGUGAAUCAGGCUGGUUAUGUUUGCGAGGAAGACUAUUUAAGAAUCCCAAGCACAAAAAAUAUUGCCAUUAUUGGCAGAUCAAAGCAAGUCAUUUCUCAACCAAACCGCAAAUUGGAUAAAUCAAUUGCGAUUGCAAGUGAAUCAUUUAUUCCUCGUAAAACAGACCGAGAAAAAGAAGAAGAAAGACAGGAGCUUUUGAAAAAACCAAAAUUAGAAAAAUAA